AUGGGAAGGGGAAGAGUGGAACUGAAAAGAAUAGAGAACAAGAUAAACAGGCAGGUGACGUUUGCAAAGAGGAGGAAUGGACUUCUCAAGAAAGCUUAUGAGCUUUCUGUUCUGUGUGAUGCUGAAGUUGCUCUUAUCAUCUUCUCUAACCGCGGAAAGCUUUAUGAGUUUUGUAGCAGCAAUAGCAUGCUCAAAACACUUGAAAGGUACCAAAAAUGUAGCUAUGGUGCGGUGGAAGUCAACAAACCUGCCAAAGAGCUUGAGAACAGUUACCGUGAGUAUCUAAAACUGAAAGCAAGAUUUGAAUCUCUUCAAAGGACUCAGAGGAACCUUCUUGGGGAAGACUUAGGUCCAUUAGGCACCAAAGAGCUUGAGCAGCUUGAGCGUCAACUUGAUACAUCUCUCAGGCAAGUCAGGUCUACUAAGACUCAAUUCAUGCUGGACCAGUUAGCUGAUCUGCAAAACAAGGAACAGAUUCUGGUGGAAGCAAACAGAUCUUUAACCAUGAAGCUGGAGGAAAUCAAUUCAAGAAACCAGUACCGGCAACCGUGGGAGGCCGGCGAACAAAGCAUGCAAUAUGGUACACAGAAUGCUCACUCUCAAGGCUUUUUCCAGCCUCUGGAAUGCAAUCCCACAUUGCAGAUAGGUCCUGAUUACAGGUACAACCCUGUAGCUUCAGAUCAGAUAACAGCAACAACUCAGGCUCAACAAGUGAAUGGAUUUGUUCCUGGAUGGAUGCUUUGAGCUAAGGCUCAUCAAAUCAAAAUAUAUUUAGGUGCCUACAUAAAAACAAACACCUUAGGUGUAAAAGACAAAAAUGCCUCUUGGUGUUUCACAAUCAAUGUGUAAAUGCUGGAAUGUGCUUUUGUUUUAUUUUGUUUUGGUAUAAAAAACAGAUGUGGCUGGCUUAAAACUCUGACCAUAGACAUAUGGCAAUGUAAGAAGUCAUAGACUCUUUGAAUGAGAACAUUAUCUGAAUG